AUGCAGCCCGACGGCGGCGAGGCGGCGGCCGUGCCGCAGGAGAACGCCAAGCGGAUGCGGCGGCCGAGCGUCAGAUUGCACCAGCCCUAUUACGAAAACCCUGGCCACCGCAAGCUGCAGCAACAAUGGAAGCCCAGGAAAGGCGCCACCACACCCAGAAAGCCUCGAACCGCCAAAACCGCGCAUUCGAAAUUCACCAAGAACGAGCGUGGCAAAUGGGAAGGAGUGGGGAAUCUUGAUUUCGACGACGAUGUGGCGAUUGGCAGUUGGGGGAAUUUCACUGCCGCUAAUAGGGAUAGAGAUUUCCAGAGAAAGAGGGUUAGGUCGUCCAAUUCCAAGAGUGGGGUUCCGCCGAAAUCUCGGAGAAUUGGGGAUCAAGAAAUUGGGAAUCUUGGAUUGUCUACUGAUGGAGAGACUGCGGAACACGAACAACAAGCCAUAGGAGUCGAAGAAGAGAGGGAUUUGGGUGGUAAUCUGAUUAGUAGCAAUUUAGUAGUCGAGGAUUCUGAUCCGUCUAGCCCUCAUUACUCGGUUGAUGAUGGGAAUCACAAAUCGAGUGGAGAUCAUGACAAUGUAGGUGGAAAGCAGAGGGGAUUGAGGGAUAAUGAAAUGGGACGAGCCUUGAUGGCCCGGGAAGGUGAUGGGGAUAAUAGUGGUGUGAAAAUGUGGCUGAACGAUUUGGGAUUAGGAAAAUAUGUGACACUGUUUGAGAUUCAUGGGGUAGACGAUGAGGUGCUGCCAUUGUUGACUCUUGAAGAUCUCAAGGAUAUGGGGAUUAAUGAGGUUGGGAUACGAAGGAAACUGUAUUCGUCUAUCCAGAAACUCGAUAGAUGGUUCCCAUGA